CAAUUUUGAAUAAGUUAGAAAAGCUUUGGAAUCCAGCUGAUUUUUCAAUCUGACAGACUCAGACUGUGGCAUAAUGGAAAAUACUAAAUUGAGAAAAUCUUGAGUAAAAUCUAAAUAGGGUAGUCGGAAAUUGAAAUCGGUCACAGAAUAUGGAGAAUAUUCUUCUUAUAUAUUAAUAAGAUUUUGGAACUCUUUUCUUUUCAGAACAGAAUGAACAAUUUACAGGUACAAAUAUUAACAGUUAUCUUUUCCUUAUGUAUGGCCUUAUUCACAGAUGGCGCUUCUUUAUCACAUUUAAGGAACAAAAGACAAACGGCUGAUGUUCGAACCACGGAAUAUUUAGCUCGGUUAGGGUUGGGUCGAGGCUUAAAUUCAUAUGGCUGUAGAGAUAUUGCUUGUGGUGUAGUUGAUAUUUACAGAAGUGGUAAAAAGAAGAGGGGAGAUACGGGAAAGCUUGGGGAUUCCAGCGUGGAAGUUGGUGAUGUAGAUUUAUUGAGAGCUCUGAUACGACAAAGUCUUCAAGAGAACUCCGUUUAAGGAGACAAAGUAGUUUACUGAGAUGAGCAGUAAGAAAGUAGUGAAGAAACUUUGUUAUAAAAAAAAUGAUUGUUGUUUUUCGACAAUAAAAUAAAAAUAGUU